UCUCUCCGAUUCUGUGGUCCAUCUCAGUGAAUCUUUGGUGAUUUGGUGUAGUUCGGUAAGGCGGCUUAUAAAAUUCGUAUUUCUUUUGCUAAUGUGACAUAUAUAAUCCGCGGAUCGGAAAUUCACGCAGUUCUUACGAUAUUUAAUUAUUACUGUGAUUUACGCUACAAUUACGAACUACGAUGCCGCGAGGAAAAUUCGUAAAUCACAAAGGCAGGAACAGGCAUUUUACGAAUCCAGAAGAAUUAGAGGAGCAGCGGCGCCAGGAAGAAAAAAAGCAACAGUGGAGAAAAAAUAAAGGGCAGGAGAGUUCCAGUGAGGAAGAAGAUGAUGAGGAGACCAAAACGAGUGGAGCCAAUAGGUCAAAAAGUAGCACCACAGAUAGCAACAGUGAGUCAGAAUCAGAAUCGGAAACAGAGGGAGGAAAAGCAAAAGGUGUAGAGAAUUUAAUUCAAGUAGAAAAUCCAAACAGGGUACAAAAGAAAACAAAAAAAUUAUCCCAAUUGAAUCAAUCGUUAGACACUGCAAAACCAGAACUAUCUCGAAGAGAGCGGGAACAAUUGGAAAAACAAAGAGCCUAUGUGAAUUAUCAAAAAUUACACGCGGCCGGUAAAACGGAUGAAGCUCGAGCGGACCUAGCACGAUUGGCUAUAAUUAAGCAGCAACGAGAAGAGGCGGCAAAACGACGAGAGGAAGAGAAAAAGCAAAAAGAAAUGGCGCAACAAAAGAAGACAGAGCUAACACAGAAGGCGCUCGGAAAAAAGUCUUAGAACAUUAUGAUCACUAAUUGCCACAAACUUCUAUAACUAGACUGCUGACUUCGAUUAUUUUGUAUAUGAGGUCUGUUUUCUGUGGCUGAACUAGUGUACACUUUUGGAACUUGAAGUGAGAUAAGUA